CACCACAGGUUACCCAUCCCCCAACCAGGCUCCAUACCCCAUACCCCAACCAGGCAGUUACUCCAUGAGCCCCUACCCUGUGCCACAGGGAGGUUAUGGUGACCCAAGCCAUGCCCCCCCACCUGCAGGCGUCAACAUGGGCUACCAGCCCCAACCACAGCCUGGGCAGCCGAUCAUGCACCAGCCAGGACCAGCAGGCCACGGUCCCAUGCCCGAUUACGGAGGUCCAAAGGUGGGUGCCCCUGGAGGCAUUUCCCCUACCCCAGCUAAGGCUUCAGCUCCAGCAUCCGAUCCUGUCAGUGUGCCACCUGGACUGGAGUAUCUAACCCAGAUUGACCAGAUCCUUAUGCACCAAAAUGCCGAGCUUCCGGAGGUAAUCCUUGGUUUUGAGACCAACAACGACUAUGAUAUCAAGAACAUUCUGGGCCAGCAGAUCUACAAGGCCAAGGAGACAAACGACUGCUGCACCAGGAACUGCCUUGGCUCCAUACGCAGCUUCGACAUGAUGAUCAAAGACAACAUGGGCCAAGAAGUCAUCCGCCUUAUACGGCCCCUCCGCUGCGAUUCAUGCCUCUGCCCCUGCUGCUUGCAAGAGCUUGAGGUGCAGGCUCCACCGGGCAUCCCUGUAGGCUAUGUGUCACAGGUCUGGCACCCUUGGACUCCCAAGUUCACCAUUCAAGGGGCCAACCAAGAGACACUGAUGACAUUGGAGGGGCCCUGCUUCGCCUUCAACUGCUGUGGCGAAGUAAACUUUGAUUUGUGGGGGAAAGAUGGGGGAGAGCCGAUUGGUCGAAUCAGCAAGCAGUGGAGCGGUCUUCUUAAGGAGACCUUCACCGACGCAGAUAACUUUGGUAUCCAGUUCCCCCUCGAUAUGGAUGUGAAGAUGAAAGCUGUGCUCAUGGGCACCUGCUUUCUCAUUGAUUUUAUGUACUUUGAGAGGUCGUCAUAAUACGUUUUUCUCAUAACAUGGACACGAAGAAAGGAAGAGAGAGAAGGAAAGUCAGUUCAAUCUGUUAUUCUUUGUCUGUUAUUCUUUGUCUGUUUUCUGGAUAAAAUCCUGCCUGUUUCCAAAGCAUUUUGUAAUCUGCCGUAUUGCCAGUCCUGGAGUUGUUCUUCAUUUAUACCUCCAAAAACAGUAUGAGCGGUGCUACAAUACUAAUGGGAGAAAAAUUCUUGGAUUUAUAUAUAGUGCAGAGCUUGGGAUGUUAGUGCCUGUGAUGCAUCUGCAGUUUUUCUCAGUUUCUUUUUUACCUACAUUUCUCAUAUCAAAAUGAAAAUUCUCAAAACUACUUGGUCAACCUCCACAUCAUCGUCAAUUAUACGUUAUAACAAAAGCAUUUACUCAUUCUUACAAACAAAUUGGCAAUGCUUUUGUGCAUUCAUGCAAAUGAAUGUAGCCUAUGAUUCUCUGCUGUUUUAUACAUUAUCAAUUGCUUAUGCCCUCUUGAUCAAUAUGUAUACCUCGGGACUACCUCGUUGUUAUGAUCAGUGAUCUAUGCUCUUUUGUAAAGCUCUCUCUUGGAAGUCGCUUUGGAUAAAAGCGUCUGCUAAAUGCAUAAAUGUAAAUGUAUAGCUUACAUGUUGAUCAAUAUGUAUAUUGGUUUCCUGUUCAACUACAUGCUCUUAUGGUUCUUCCCUUUGUGACUUAUUUAGUUUUCACAGUGCAUGCUUAAUGUUUUGGCUAGCCGCAAUGUUUGGGGCUAU